AUGGUGUCCAAGCUCACGUCGCUCCAGCAAGAACUCCUGAGCGCCCUGCUGAGCUCCGGGGUCACCAAGGAGGUGUUGAUCCAGGCCUUGGAAGAGUUGCUGCCGUCCCCGAGUUUCGGGGUGAAGCUGGAGACGCUGCCCCUGUCCCCUGGGAGCGGGGCCGAGCCGGACACCAAGCCGGUCUUCCAUACUCUGACGAACGGCCACGCCAAGGGCCGCCUGUCCGGAGACGAGGGCUCCGAAGACGGGGACGACUAUGACACCCCUCCCAUCCUCAAGGAGCUGCAAGCGCUCAACACCGAGGAGGCGGCGGAGCAGCGGGCGGAGGUGGACCGGAUGCUCAGCGAGGACCCGUGGAGGGCUGCCAAAAUGAUCAAGGGCUACAUGCAACAGCAUAAUAUCCCUCAAAGGGAAGUGGUGGACGUCACCGGCCUGAACCAAUCGCACCUCUCCCAGCAUCUCAACAAAGGCACCCCCAUGAAGACCCAGAAGCGCGCCGCCCUGUACACCUGGUACGUCCGAAAGCAGCGGGAGAUCCUCCGACAAUUCAACCAAACAGUCCAGAGUUCUGGAAAUUUGACAGACAAAAGCAGUCAGGAUCAGCUGCUGUUUCUCUUUCCAGAGUUCAGUCAACAGAGCCAGGGGCCUGGGCAGUCCGAUGACGCCUGCUCUGAGCCCACCAACAAGAAGAUGCGUCGCAACCGGUUCAAAUGGGGGCCCGCGUCCCAGCAAAUCUUGUACCAGGCCUACGACCGGCAAAAGAACCCCAGCAAGGAAGAGAGGGAGGCCUUAGUGGAGGAGUGCAACAGGGCAGAAUGUUUGCAGCGAGGUGUCUCCCCCUCCAAAGCCCACGGCCUGGGCUCCAACCUGGUCACUGAGGUCCGCGUCUACAACUGGUUCGCAAACCGCAGGAAGGAGGAGGCGUUCCGGCAGAAGCUGGCCAUGGACGCCUACAGCUCCAGCCAGACGCACGGCCUGAACACCCUGCUCUCCCACGGCUCCCCCCACCACCAACCCAGCACCUCCCCUCCAAACAAGCUGCCAGGAGUGCGCUACAGCCAGCAGGGAAGCAAUGAGGUCACUUCCUCCUCAACAAUCAGUCACCAUGGCAACAGCGCCAUGGUGACUAGCCAGUCGGUUUUACAGCAAGUCUCUCCAGCCAGCCUGGACCCGGGCCACAAUCUCCUCUCACCUGAUGGUAAAAUGCAGAUCUCAGUCUCGGGAGGAGGUUUGCCCCCUGUCAGCACCUUGACGAAUAUCCACAGCCUGUCCCACCACAAUCCCCAGCAAUCUCAAAACCUCAUCAUGACCCCCCUCUCUGGAGUCAUGGCCAUUGCACAAAGCCUCAACUCCUCCCAAGCUCAGAGCGUCCCCGUCAUCAACAGUGUGGCUGGCAGCCUGGCAGCCCUGCAGCCCGUCCAGUUCUCCCAGCAGCUGCACAGCCCUCACCAGCAGCCCCUCAUGCAGCAGAGCCCGGGCAGCCACAUGGCCCAGCAGCCCUUCAUGGCUGCGGUGACCCAGUUGCAGAACUCACACAUGUACACACACAAGCAGGAACCUCCCCAGUAUUCCCACACCUCCCGGUUUCCAUCUGCGAUGGUGGUCACAGAUACCAGCAGCAUCAGUACGCUCACCAACAUGUCUUCCAGUAAACAGUGUCCUCUCCAAGCCUGGUGA